CUCAACUUUUGGUGAACAACAUGUAUAGCUUUUUAUGACUUUAUUCAUCAUGAUGCACAAUGAAUAAAUUAAAGUCCCGAUUCACACCAACUUUAUUUAUUUUGUUAGUUGUUCCUUCAAAUGCACUAGCUCAUAGCGCACACACACGCACACACACACAUAUAUAUAUCAUCCUCUUCCUCACUCAUCUUCCAUCCCAAACGAGGAAUUAUACAUAAGCUGUUGAGGAAAUAUCCCAGCUAGCAUGAUGAUUCCAAUUAGGACGAUGUCAAUGGCAUACCAAGUGCAGAGGCAGCCAAAGCAACUGUUACUUCAAUCAUCAAACCAACAAAAUCUUUCUACACAAGGUUCUGCAACUUGCAAAACAAAGAAAAAAUUAGAUUCAGUGCUGAAGCGAAUAAACAAAUUAGGGAAGUCAGCAGACAAAAUCAUACAUGCGGUUCAAAAACAUGUGAAACUGGCGGUGAAAGAGAAGUUGAGAAGCGUGGGAGUGGGUGGAAUGGAGAAAGUGUUCAAGGAGGCUUUUAAUGUUGGCGAAGGAGAAAGAUUGACGAAGGAUAGUUGUUGUGAAUGUUAUUUAUCAACUACAGCCGGUCCCAUUGCAGGCCUUCUCUUCAUCUCCACCCAUAAGCUUGCUUUUUGCAGUCAUACCUCCGUAUCUUUCUCUUCUCUUAAAGGAGAUUCUCUUACACUCCAAUAUUACAAGGUGUUGAUUCCAUUAAGAAAGAUAAAGAGAGUGAAUAUUAGUGAGAAUGUGGAAAAGCCAUCGCAAAAGUACAUUGAGAUCGUUACAGUGGAUGAUUUUGACUUCUGGUUUAUGGGUUUCUUAGACUAUCAAAAAGCCUUCAAGCGACUUCACCGUGCAAUUUCUCAAUUACCAUGAUUAAGUAAUGCCAGAACAUUUGUAAUUAGGGGCGGACCAAUCUUAAUUUAUCCUCAACAUCAUAUGUAUUUAUAUGUGUGUGUAUAUAUAAUACAUACAUAUGCAUUCGUAUGUUGAUUUUGCCAACUCAUUGUGUAAAUUCUCUCAUGAUAUACAAUGUUUAAGUUACCUGGGGUUA